GUGAGCAUUUCUUAGAGUGCAUUCCUUAAUGUCUAUCUGCUGAUCACGCCGACAGAAACACGUUUCCUGUCCCGGACAUCCCUCAAGAAGCAUGUCUCCUACUCUGCCCACAAACAAUGCUGCUCGGGUUGCUCUUCGCCGACAGUGUUUCUCUGUUCCAAAGCAGGUUCAUAUACACAAAGGCAAAAUCAGACUCAGUAGAGACCGCACGAUACAGGUGUGUAGAUUCGUCGCGUAGUUAUAGAGGCUACGCACAUACGCAUGUAUAUAGACAAAGACAACGAGGUGAGAUGAAGAGAGGAGAGCUACUUUUACAUAGCCGUCCACUGCAUAGCUGCCGACAGGGCGGCGACAACUCCUGGAAAGGCCACUGUACGGAAAGUCAACUCUCUAUAAAAAGACAAAUCUGUACAGAAAGUCAACUCUGUACAGAAAGACCACCCUGUACAGAAAGACCACUCUGUGCGGAAAGACCACUCUGUGCGGAAAGGCCAUUCUGUGCGGAAAGACCACUCUGUGCGGAAAGGCCAUUCUGUGCGGAAAGACCACUCUGUGCGGAAAGGCCAUUCUGUGCGGAAAGACCACUCUGUACGGAAAGACCUUUCUAUGCGGGAAGACUAUUCCGCACAGAACGAUCUUUCUACGCAGAAAGAUCUUUCUGUACGUAAAUACUAUGGUAAGUCUCUUCCGCACAGAAUGGUUUAGUAUGUAGAACACGAAUUUCAGACUUUUGCUCGUUGUAACCGUA